AUGCACCCUCAGCUUUGCCAGAAGAUGGUGCUCACCGCCUGGUUAGGUGGCCUUGGCAGUGCGUUAAUUCUUUGCUCCCUGACUUUGAAGUUACCAAAAUGUGGGCACCGGGAAGUGGAUAAUUUUUUCUGUGAGAUGCCAGCAUUGAUCAAGAUGGCUUGUGUACACUCAAAAGUAAUGGAGAUCAUUGUCUUUUCUCUCGGAGUGAUAUUUCUUCUAGUACCUCUAUCACUAAUUCUCAUCUCAUAUGUAGUAAUCACUCAAGCAGUCAUGAGGAUCAAGUCAGCAGCAAGGUGGAGUAAGGUCCUUAAUACAUGUGCUUCCCAUCUCACAGUAGUAACUCUGUUUUAUGGAACACUCAUUUACAUGUACAUGAAACCACAGAACAGCAGCUCCCAAGAUGAAGGCAAGUUCCUCACUCUCUUUUACACAAUCAUCACACCCACUCUUAACCCUCUGAUCUACACUUUAAGAAACAAAGAUGUAAAGAGGGCAGUAAAGAGAAUGCUACCUGUAGGAAAAUGGUCAGCCAAGUCAUGA